UUAAUUUAAUUGUCAAAUACUAUAUUUUUAAAUUAAAUAAAUACAAAGUCUUUUGUCUCUUGUUCUUUUGAUACGUAUACGUUCGCAAUGAACUGCAUGCAUCGUUCGCGGUUUUUAAUAAAGUCUUUGUUAAGCAGAGCAAGAACCAUUACACGUCUUGGAUCAACUCUCUCUCAGCCGCAACGUCCACCGUCUCUCUCCUCCCCCGUCAUGAGUAGACUUGAAACUCACACAACAAGACUCUGCAUCGUCGGCAGUGGCCCGGCGGCUCACACGGCGGCUAUCUACGCAGCUAGAGCUGAACUUAAGCCUCUUCUAUUUGAAGGAUGGAUGGCUAACGACAUAGCUCCCGGCGGUCAACUAACAACCACCACCGACGUUGAGAACUUCCCUGGCUUUCCAGUAUGUUCAAAAUCUUAUGAAGGUAUUCUCGGAGCAGAGCUCACGGAAAAGUUCAGGAAGCAGUCGGAGAGAUUCGGCACGACUUUCUUCACGGAGACGGUGACUAAAGUCGACUUCAUGUCGAAGCCGUUUAAGCUGUUCACAGACUCCAGAGCCGUUCUUGCCGACGCCGUGAUUCUCGCUACGGGAGCUGUGGCCAAGCGGCUUAGUUUCCCUGGCUCUGGUGAAGGCUCAGGAGGUUUCUGGAACCGUGGAAUUUCGGCGUGUGCUGUCUGCGACGGAGCUGCUCCUAUAUUCCGUGACAAACCUCUGGCGGUUAUCGGGGGAGGCGACUCGGCGAUGGAAGAGGCCAACUUCCUCACCAAGUAUGGCUCCAACGUGUAUAUAAUCCAUAGGAGAGACGCUUUUAGAGCCUCUAAGAUUAUGCAGCAGAGAGCUCUGGCUAAUCCUAAGAUCGACGUGAUAUGGAACUCGACGGUUGUGGAGGCUUACGGUGACGUGGAGAGAGGCGUUCUUGGAGGGUUGACGGUGAAGAAUGUGGUCAGUGGAGAGGUUUUGGAUUUGAAAGUUUCUGGAUUGUUCUUUGCGAUUGGUCAUGAGCCAGCAACGAAGUUUCUUGAUGGUGCGGUUAAGCUUGAUUCAGAUGGCUAUGUGGUGACGAAGCCCGGUUCUACACAGACUAGUGUUGCCGGAGUUUUUGCCGCCGGGGAUGUCCAGGACAAGAAGUACAGGCAGGCGGUAACAGCUGCGGGAACUGGAUGCAUGGCAGCUUUGGAUGCGGAGCAUUACUUACAAGAGAUUGGAUCUCAGCAAGGUAUAGAGUGAUAGAUUGACAAAAUGAUCAGAUCAAGCGUUGGUGAAUAAUAUAGCUAACUGUUGCUAAUGCAAAUAUAUCCAGUAAUAUGAUUUGAGCCAUGCAAGACCUAGACAUGAUUUGUCCAAAACUACUUACUAAUGCAAAUUAAAAUACUAACACAAAAAUGUGUUUGUAGAAAUGGUUAAUGUACGCAUAUUUUAACCGCAA